GGCAUCCCUCACAGGCCACAACUGCUCACUUCCUUUCCCCAUUCUUCUCCGCCUCCAAAACCCUACGCUCCACCAUGCCGAGCCUCGCCGCCGCCGCCGCCGCUCGCCGCGCUGGGGAGGCCCUCCGCCGCGGCGUCAUGGGCGGUAGGUAUCUCUCUUCCCUCCGCCCGUCACCCGCUACUGCUGCCGCCCCCGACAGCGACGAGGUGCUGGUGGAAGGCAAGGCCAGUGCCCGCGCCUCCGUGCUCAACCGCCCCGGCCAUCUCAACGCCCUCACUACCACUAUGGGAGCUAGGCUCAACAAGUUCUAUGAAUCAUGGGAGGACAGCCCUGACAUUGGUUUCGUCAUGAUGAAGGGCAGCGGCCGAGCAUUCUGUGCUGGUGGGGAUGUUGUUGGAUUGCGCCAACUUAUCAAUGAAGGCAAGCUGGACGAGUCUAAAGAUUUUUUCAGGACUUUGUACAGUUUCAUCUAUGUUCUAGGCACAUACUUAAAACCACAUGUUGCCAUUCUUGACGGUGUUACUAUGGGUGGUGGAGGAGGCGUUUCCAUUCCUGGAACAUUUCGUGUUGCCACUGAUAGAACAGUGUUUGCCACUCCAGAAGUACAUAUUGGCUUUCAUCCAGAUGCUGCUGCCUCAUUUUAUUUGUCACACCUAACUGGUCAUGUUGGGGAAUACCUGGCCUUGACUGGUGAAAAACUCAAUGGAGUUGAUAUGCUUGCACUUGGCCUUGCCACACACUAUUCAAUUAGUGAGCACCUGGAUCUGGUUGAUGAACGACUUGCAAAAUUGGUUACUGAUGAUCCUUCAGUUAUUGAUUCUUCCCUUGCACAAUACGGAGACCUUGUUUAUCCAGAUAAGACAAGCAUUGUACAUAGGCUGGCGGUCAUAGAUAAAUGCUUCAGCCAUGAAACAGUUGAAGAGAUCGUGGAUGCAUUGGAAAGUGAAGCAGCUCAGUUGAAUGAAGAAUGGUGUACAUUGGCACUGAAAAGAUUGAAAGAGGCCUCCCCACUUGCUUUGAAAGUAUCACUACGAUCGAUACGUGAAGGUAGAUAUCAGACACUUGAUGAAUGCCUUGUGCGUGAAUACCGCAUGUCCAUCAAUGGCAUUUCAAAGCCAUUUUAUCAUGAUUUUUGUGAGGGUGUGAGAGCGCGACUGGUUGACAAGGACUUGGCCCCAAAGUGGGAUCCUCCUGCGCUCGAGUUCGUUUCCGAGGACAUGGUAGAUUCUUACUUUGCCCCACUAGGAGAAUUCGAGCCUGAACUGAAGCUGCCUACAGAACAGCGAGAGGCAUUCAUAUAGAUUGCCUGAGCCCAUUGUUGUUGUCAGCACAUAAAACAACUAGGGUGGGCAAAGGGCAACCUAUUCAUGUACAAUACGCCGAAUCCUUGGCAUGGUAGAGAAUUCGAGCACCAAGACGAACUCGCCCUUUUGUUUCCUUUUCGUCCAAUGUUAUAAAUGUGCAUCAUUUUACCAUGCGGCACGUGAUAAGUACCAGUGAGGACCGAUCUAAGUUAUCCCAGCUGUUGACAGAGAGUAAGUGGCUGAUAUUAGGAAUCUGGGAGGUUUUGCUCAAGAAAGCUAGCCCUAAUCACAGGAUGGUUGAUACAUGUGUUGGCGAAUUUUAAUAGAACCGAUUUUGUGUGUGUCCGGACCAA